GCCGCCGCGCGGGUUAGCGCAGACUGAAAGUGCCGCCGCGACACUCGGGCCUCAGUGCUCGCGGAGGAGGGCAGCGCGCAGCACCUGUCCGCCGCCCAGAGCCGGGACGCGGCGCCCGGCGGCCGUGAUCGCGAGGGACCCGCCGCGGUGCGCGUCCGUCUCCAGCCCGCGCCGCGAGGGGACGCGGAGGAAAUGUGGACUGUGUAGGGAUGAGCGACACUGAUCUCCGAUGUUGGAUAUUUGCUUGGAAAAACGUGUGGGUACGACCUCGGCUGCCCCGAAGUGUGACUCCAGCGCUGUGAGGUUUCAAGGGUUGGCAGAGGGGACGGAGGGGACCAUGAAAAUGGACAUGGAGGACGCGGACAUGACUCUGUGGACAGAGGCUGCGUUUGAAGAGAAGUGUACAUACAUCGUGAAUGAUCACCCCUGGGAUUCUGGAGCCGACGGAGGGACUUCAGUUCAGGCAGAGGCAUCCUUACCCAGGAAUCUGCUUUUCAAAUACACCACAAACAGCAAAGAGGUUAUUGGAGUAGUAAGUAAAGAAUAUAUACCAAAGGGAACAAGAUUUGGACCUCUAAUAGGUGAAAUCUACACCAACGAUACAGUUCCCAAGAAUGCCAAUAGGAAAUAUUUUUGGCGGAUCUAUUCCAGAGGGGAGCUUCACCACUUCAUCGAUGGCUUUAACGAGGAGAAAAGCAACUGGAUGCGCUACGUGAAUCCGGCGCACUCUGCCCAAGAGCAAAACCUGGCUGCGUGCCAGAAUGGGAUGAACAUCUACUUCUACACCAUUAAGCCCAUUCCUGCCAACCAGGAGCUGCUUGUGUGGUAUUGUCGGGACUUUGCAGAAAGGCUGCAUUACCCUUAUCCUGGAGAGCUGACAAUGAUGAAUCUCACACAAGCACAGAGCCAUUCAAAGCAGCAGAGCACUGAGAAAAAUGACCUUUGCCCAAGGAACGCCCCAAAGAGAGAGCACAGCGUGAAAGAAAUCCUAAAAUUGGACUCCAGCCCCUCCAAAAGAAAGGACUUGUACCGUUCACACAUUUCACCCCUCACUUCAGAAAAGGACACGGAUGACUUCAGGAAGAAUGGGAGCCCCGAAAUGCCCUUCUACCCCCGGGUCGUGUACCCGAUCCGGGCCCCUCUCCCGGAAGACUUUUUGAAAGCUUCCCUGGCCUAUGGGAUGGAGAGGCCGACGUACAUCCCUCACUCCCCCAUCCCGUCCUCCACGACGCCCAGUCCCUCAGCAAGAAGCAGCCCGGACCAAAGCCUCAAAAGCUCCAGUCCUCACAGCAGCCCAGGGAACACCGUGUCGCCUCUGGCUCCGGGGCCUCAAGAUCACCGGGACUCCUACUCCUACUCCUACUUGAACCCGCCCUACGGCUCUGAAGGUCUGGGUGCUUACCCUGGAUACGCGCCUCCCCACCACCUCCCGCCAGCCUUCAUCCCCUCCUACAAUGGCCACUACCCCAAGCUCCUCUUGCCCCCCUACGGCAUGAAUUGUAAUGGCCUGAGCACCAUGGGCAGCAUCAAUGGCAUCAGCAACUUCGGCCUCUUCCCCAGGCUGUACCCCGUCUACAGUAACCUCCUCGGUGGGGGCAGCCUGCCUCACCCCAUGCUCAACCCACCCACUCUGCCCAGCUCGCUGCCCUCGGAAGGAGCAAGGAGGUUGCUGCAGCCGGAACAUCCCGGAGAGGUGCUGGUCCCAACGCCCCGCAGUGCCUUCUCCCUCACCGGGGCCGCCGCCAGCAUGAAGGACAAGGUAUGCAGCCCCACCAGCGGGUCGCCCACUGCGGGCACAGCUGCCACGUCGGAACACGUGGUGCAGCCCAAAGCUACCUCAGCAGCGAUGGCAGCCCCCAGCAGUGACGAGGCCAUGAAUCUCAUAAAAAAUAAAAGGAACAUGACUGGCUACAAGACACUCCCCUACCCCCUCAAGAAGCAGAAUGGCAAGAUUAAGUAUGAAUGCAAUGUCUGCUCCAAGACUUUUGGCCAGCUCUCAAACCUGAAGGUUUGCCACAAGCGGUUCAGCAGCACCAGCAAUCUCAAGACCCACCUGCGACUCCACUCCGGAGAGAAACCUUACCAAUGCAAGGUGUGCCCCGCCAAGUUCACCCAGUUCGUGCACCUGAAACUCCACAAGCGCCUACACACCCGGGAGCGGCCCCACAAGUGCGCCCAUUGCCACAAGAGCUACAUCCAUCUCUGCAGCCUCAAGGUCCACCUGAAGGGGAACUGUCCUCUGGCCCCAACCACGGGGCUGCCUUUGGAGGACCUGACUCGAAUCAACGAAGAAAUCGAGAAGUUUGACAUCAGUGACAAUGCCGACCGGCUCGAGGACAUGGAGGACAACAUCGAUGUGACCUCCUCUGUGGUGGAGAAGGAAAUCCUGGCCGUGGUCAGGAAAGAGAAAGAAGAAACUGGCCUGAAAGUGUCUUUGCAAAGAAACCUGGGGAAUGGACUCCUCUCAGGGUGUAACCUCUAUGAGUCAUCAGACCUGUCCCUCAUGAAGUUGCCUCCCAGCAACCCACUACCUCUGGGACCUGUCAAGGUCAAACAAGAAACAGUCGAACCAGUGGAUCCUUAAGAUUUUCAGGAAACAAAAAGUGUCUUAUUUUGUUUCUUAACUUACGAGUUGGCGAGUCAGGGUGCCUGUAGCAGAUUCCUUGUACAUAGACCCAGGGCCGCAAAGCUCUCCCUCACCUGUCUGGAAUUGAAGAAGGAGCUCCAGAGUUACUGAAAUCUCAGGGCAUAAAUGAGCAAAGACAAUAUAUUAUACAUAUUAUAUAUACUUAUUUACCCCAUAUAUAUAUUUGAACCUGUGUAUUUUGAAUAUUUUGUGUGAAUAUGUUUGCAUAGCCUUCCCAUUGCUAAGAAUAUUGCCUAGCCAUAAUUAUUUUUUCAAUGAUAUUAAUCCUUCAUAAUUUAUUAUACAAUUUACCAUUUAAAAAGCAAUAAUUAAAAAACGUUUACAAUGACUGGAAAAAUUCCUUGUAAUUUGAGUAUAGAUGUUAUAUAUGUUUGUCUUGUGGCCAUUCUUUGUAAACAAUCUCUGCACAUCUGUUAAAGUACCUAAGAUUUAGUAAUCAAAUACAUGACUUCAGUCAACCUCCUUCUGUAAUAAUGGUUUGAAAAUGAGGUUUUGGUAUUGCCAAAAAUAGACAGUUGUUGUGUUAAUUCAUAGGAUCAUGUCAUUUGAACAGCAUUGCAUAACUUGGGGGUAUGUGUGCAGAAUUACCCGGUAAUAACUUCCAGUAGAAUAAACAAGAAAGGGAAUCUUGUAUGUUUCUGUAGAUAGUGCGGUUAUUUUCCCCCUAGCCACAGAGUUACUAAAAAGGUGACAACCUGUCUCCCUCUCCAAAAAGCAGGGUCACCGCACCCCUAGAGUCAUGUGACCAUUCAGAGUGGCCCCAUGACUUUUGCAUUCCCACCUUAUUAUCUAAAAAUGUGAAGAAGACAAAAUGCCAUGUUUAAAACCACUGCGAAACAUUUCCAAAGCACAGAUGGUUUUGUGUGUGUGAGGUUUAGGGGCUUGAGUCUGGGUGAUGUUUUUGUUGUUGGGUUUUUGUUUUAUUUGUCAUGUUAAAAUUGCACAAACAUGGUGCUCCACCAGGAAGGAUUUGAGGUAGAUGGGCUCAGGCCACACUUAAAAAAAAAACCAAAAACGGGUAUUCUCGUUGUCUUAGGGUCAAAGCGGGUAAUGAGCAUUCCUAUCCCCAACACAUCAAUUGUAUUCUUUCUGUAAAACUCCGAUUUUCCUCAGUAUUUGUGUUUUUACAUUUUAUGGUUAAUUUAAUUGAAGAUGAAAGGGCAUUGCAAAGUUGUUCAACAACAAUUACCUCAUUGAGUGUGUCCAGUCGUGCAGGAAAUGAUGGCUUAUCUAAUGAUUUGCUACUCCAGAUGAAACUAAGUGUGCUCCGGAAAGAUAGAACAAGGCCAUUCUAUCUCUUACUCUGCUUAGCCCAAAGAUUACAUGUCGGCAUUCAAGGUGUAGCAAAGAAUGAUGUAUAUUUAUAAAUCUAUUUAUACCACUAUACCAUGUAUAUAUAAUAUAUUUAUAACCACUUAAAUUGUGAGCCAAACCAUGUAAAAGAACCUACUUUUCUAAGGGCAAGAAAAGACCAAAAAAACAAAAACAAAAAAAAAAACCCUUUCUGAGACUUUCUUUAGCACUCAAUGACCUCACAAUCAUAUUGUUGAGCUUGGGCACCCCUCACUAUUUGUAAAAGACCCUAAAACCUUGGUACAAAGGUGGGGACUGCAUCAUAACCAGGGAAAAAGAGAUUGCUUUUUUACUAUUAAGGACAAUCUAAGAUGGCUUUAUUUUUGUUUUGCCACAUUAUGAUUAUGUGGUCAUACCCAAUUCAUGGAAAUAAAAAUUCCAUUAUUACUCCUUUACUAUUGUAAUUUUUUCUCUCUUCCUCUCCCUCCUUCCUAAAUAGCUGGUGUAUCACUAGUCAAUGCGGUUUAUAUAUGUAUAUGCAGCAUUCUGUUCAUGGCAACUAAUGCCAACCUGCAGAAGAGAACAACAAAUCCAGGGAAACCCAAGAGCCUUAGUGAUCUGUUCCCAUAAGGAGCGAAACUGGCAGUUUAUUAUGUCUCAGUAUUCGACAAACGCUGUCCUUAACUACAGGUAAACCAAAGCCUCACACUGACAUUGACACCAAAUGCUUUCUAUUCCCAACCGCUCGUUUGUCCUCUCCCCCCUCUGUGCUUGCUUACGUGUGGGAGUUUUUACCAAGACCUGCACAGUGGCUGAGACUUCCUGCUUCUCUGUAGUGUCUGACUUUCCCUCCAAGGCCUCUUACAUGUGAAGGUUGAGCCCACAAUCAGCAGUGGUUCUAUUUUUUUCCCUCUCAAAGUCAAAACUGACCAAAGUUACUGGCUUUUUACUUUGCUAGGACAACAAACUAUCUUAUGUUUACUUACUGGUUUACAUUGUUAUUUAUGUGCAAAUUGUCAAAAUGUAAAUUAAAUAUAAAUGUUCAUGCUCUACCAA